GUUAGGAUGUACAAGUUACAUGUAGGUCAGCAUCCAAAGGUACCGUGCCUCGUCAUCCCAAAUUUCAAUUUUCAUCGACGUGGAAUGUCCGCAUCGUGAUGAAGUCUGAGUGACAACACCGUGAGGCUACUGGCUACUUGGAAAUCCCAAGUAUGGACCAGGCGCAGUGGACUUCGCUUCAUUACUCUCGUUUAAUAGUAUCUUCCUUGACACCCACUCCUUGCAAUCGCUGAGCCCGCCUCAACCACUUGCUGUUUUGGGAAGAAUAUGCCCCAAUCAAUAUUGCUCCGGCUCGGCCACCGUCGAAUAUCCCUUCUCUUUAUCGGCCUGGGCGUGUUCGCCUUGUUCACGCUCUUCGCUUUACCGAACUCCAUUCCAGACGGCCCGAGCCUUUCUCAGUCCCUUGCCGACCAUAAAUUCACGUUACCAAAAUAUACAGACAAACUGAAUCCCUUUCGACCGGCGUCACACAAACCGCCAGAGCAGAAGAAUUCCAAAUAUGGAGGAACCUCGUGGUAUUCCAAUUGGAAUUGGAGAAGCCCGUUCUCUUCCGCGACGACCAUGGACGAAAGUCGAUCGCUUUUACCGCCCCUUAAAGACAGAACACCAAUCUAUUGUUAUUAUGAUACUACGGUGGAGCGCGACGUAGAGACAGCGGAGGCCGAGAGCGCGCUUCUGUUAACUUGGCGACGUGCCUGGUGGACUCAGGGGUUUAAACCUAUCAUUUUGAGCGCUGGCGAGGCUAUGAACAAUCCGCUCUAUCGUGAGAUGCAAGGUGCCGAGAUGAACCCCAUCCUGAAAAGGGACGUUAUGCGAUGGCUCGCCUGGGAUAAUAUGGGUGGUGGUCUUUUAGCCGACUACAAACUCUUUCCUAUGGGAUCACGUCAGGAAAACCUGCUAUCAUUCCUGCGAAGAGGCGAAUUCCCUGAGCUGACUAGAUGGGAGGAUCUCGGCGGUGGGCUUUUUGCUGGGCCCCAACCUAAGAUAGCAAAGGUUAUGGCAGAAGCGCUCCAAAACCGACAAAAAAAAUCGGCUAAGGAUCUGAUCUCUGCUGUGUCGAGUGACAACUUCCGAGUCGACCCUUCGCAUGAAGCACUCGCCUACUAUGACAGGAAGACGGUUGAGCGAGUUUACCCGAAGAUAGCAGAGGGCAACAGUGUUAACCGCGCCCAGAGUUUACAUAGCCUGAAUACUCUCAUCAACUACCACCUACAUAACACCUGGCAAGAUCUAUUCAGCAAAGGAAUCGCAGUCCUAAAACCUAUGCCUACGCAUACAACAACCCUCAUCCAGCCGGCUAUAGACCUGGCCCAGAGACUCGCAACUUGUCAUGAUUCACCAAUACCAGCUUCGUGUCCACCCAACCUCCCAAAGUGCACGCCUUGCGUGUCAUCGUAUCCAAUGAAAAUAUCAACACCGGCUCGGUACCGAAACAAGUCAGAGAUAUAUACGAUUGGGACAGUACCGCAUCCCUAUACUCUACGAGUUCUUGAAGCCUUUCGAAGUGAUAUUGACGUUGCGUAUAUUAGAAGAGAAACUGAACGCGACCAUUGGCUUUAUCGUGUUUUCCAAGAGCUUCUUGGCACAGGCAUCUCUGCAUCAGCGCGGGUUGUCACAUUCAAGGACACCGUAGCAGCAGAAUUUGCCACAUCUCGUUCGCUUUGGCUAACAGACGAUGAGGAUAUCCCGCUACAAGACGCUGACUGGUGGUUUGGAUUUGCAGUCCCUAAGAAUGUGACUGAUGAUGGCAAGUCAGAGACGCCGGUGCCAGGCCCUGAGCGCAGACCAAAGCCAAUCCAUGAUCCUGCUGACGGCCCAAUCCCUAAAGAUGAUGAACUGGCUCGUGAACCCGAGCUCCUCUUGAAAGCUCGCGAGGUGGGUAAAAGCAAGCUUGAAAGCGACGUGCUUAUACGCGAGGCCGCUGAGGCAUGGAACCUUGCUGAUACAGAGGCCUGGCGCUUUGCUAGGGCCUUCUUGGCUCGUUCAAGGGUUGAGCGUCAAGAAUGGGAGAAAGAGGAGAGCAAAUUUGCCGGCGGUGCAGGUCGCGAUACAAGCGAUGACCGCAAGAAUGGGCGUACCCGCUGGAAGGACGUCGAAACAUGAGACAAAGACCAUAUUUUUACAUUGUAUAUCGCGCCUUAGACGAAACUACACUAAUUGGCUACUGUACAUGGGUGGAAUGUCAUGGAGUUUUUGCGUUGGGGUGUUGGUCUAGUUGAAUGAGAUCAAAGCGGCAGGGCACACAUCCUUCGCAUCAAUGGCCUAGCAUGGGUAUACUAUGUAUGCAACCAUUCACCCCACCUGGUUACGCUUUCACCUCCUUUUUCGUCUUUGGGGAGUAGCGCUGUCGGACUAUGCGAGCUACAGUAGAAAUACAGUCAUCGGAUAGCAGUUCGCUCCCGGGUCCCUGACUAGUGUAUCACUGAGUGGAUCUGCCUGACUGAGACCGCUUGCGCAUCAACGUUGUCCUCGAAGCUCUUGACAUAACUCGACAUACUAUCUUGUUUGCUCCUUAGUCUAGUCUCAUCCACUUGCGGAGCUGUUGCGCAAAGC